GCUGCCGCGCUGCCGGCGCCGCGGGCUCGGCGUAGAGGGGAGGCGGGCGCGGAGAGCCCGGCCGGAGCCGCAGCGAAUUCCCCCCCGGCGAAGGGCAGGCGGCGGCGGGGACCCGCCAUGGAGAAGGCGGCGGGCGCGGAGCUCCGGCAGGGCGCCCUGGUGCCGCUCACCGCCAUCUGCCUGGUGAAUCUCGUCUUAACUGGGAAAAUAGAAAGUGCUGUUACCUCAUUAGCUGCUUGCAGUGGAAAACUGGAACAGCACACAGAGAGACGUGGAGUCAUCUAUAGUCCUUCCUGGCCACUAAACUAUCCUCCAGCCAUAAACUGCAGCUGGUACAUCCAAGGAGAUCAUGGAGAUAUGAUAACAAUUAGUUUUAAGAACUUUGACUUGGAGGACUCUCAGAAAUGUGCAGUAGACUGGCUGAUGAUUGGCCCCUCUUCCAAGAGGGAGGAGUACAGAGUGUGUGGAUCCUCCAUACCACCCUCCUUUAUCUCUGCACGGGAUCACGUCUGGAUAUUUUUCCACUCAGACGCAUUGAGUUCGGGACAGGCUCAGGGAUUUCGCCUUUCCUACAUCCGAGGAAAAAUAGGCCAGGCUAUUUGCCAGUCUGAUGAAUUUCAUUGUGUAAACGGCAAGUGCAUUCCCAACACUUGGAAGUGUAAUUCCAUGGAUGAGUGUGGGGAUAACUCGGAUGAGAGAAACUGCACCAUCCCUCCAACAGAGCCUCAGUCCAGCAUCUGUCCCUCAGGAACAUUCCAAUGUAGCAUAGCCCAUUCCACCAAGUGCUUGAUAAACGAGUUAAGAUGUAAUUCAGUUAAAGACUGUAGUGAUGGUUCAGAUGAAGAUAACUGCCCUGAUCUUUCAUGUGGCAAAAGACUGGGUAAUUUUUAUGGGUCUUUCGCUUCCCCAGACUUAUUCCGUGCAGAUCACAGCCGGGCAGACCUUCGCUGCACUUGGUAUGUGGACACACAAGAUAAUCGGCAUGUCCUCUUGCAGCUUGAUUUACAGUUAGGGUACAAUGACUAUGUAAAGGUGUAUGAUGGAAUUGGAGAGAGAGGUGAUAAAUUAAUGCAAACUCUUUCAUAUCACAACAACAGGCACUCGGUGAGCGUGGAGUCCUCAAAGGGUCAGCUCACCAUUUCAUAUCAUGCCAGAUCAAAGAGUACCGGCCAUGGAUUCAAUGCAACUUAUCAGGUGAAAGGUUACUGCCUUCCGUGGGAACACCCUUGUGGAAGUGAUGAGGAGUGUUUCACAGAUAAGCAGCAUUGUGAUGGUUGGUGGCACUGUCCAAAUGGCAAAGAUGAAGAGAACUGUCCAGCUUGCCAGAAAAAUGAAUACCCAUGCGAAGGAAACAGUGGACUGUGUUAUUCAAUACUUGACCGAUGUAAUAACCAAAAGAACUGCCCAGAUGGCUCAGAUGAAAAGAACUGCUUUACAUGCCAGCCAGGAAACUUUCACUGUGGCACAAAUCUGUGUAUCUUUGAGACUUGGCGCUGUGACGGCCAAGAAGACUGCCAGGAUGGAAGUGAUGAACAUAAUUGCCUGGUUAUAGUGCCCAGAAAAGUCAUCACAGCUGCUCUGAUUGGGAGUCUUGUCUGUGGCUUGCUGUUGGUGAUAGCACUGGGUUGUGCAUUUAAACUCUACUCACUAAGGACCAGGGAAUACAGAUCAUUUGAAACCCAGAUGACUCGUCUUGAGGCAGAGUUUGUACGACGUGAGGCUCCACCUUCCUACGGGCAGCUCAUUGCACAAGGACUUAUCCCGCCAGUUGAAGAUUUCCCUGUUUACAAUGCAUCGCAAGCAUCUGUGCUGCAGAACAUCCGAACAGCAAUGAGGAGACAGAUGAGACGCCACUCAUCGAGACGGAAUUCAUCUCGGAGGCGCUUGGGCAGACUCUGGAACAGACUGUUCCACAGGCCACGGGUGAGAGGGCAGAUCCCUCUCUUAACACCUGCGCACACUUCCCAAACAACGCUGGGUGAUGGAAUUAUCAAUCACACCGAAGGGAAUAUCCAGAAUCCCUCCCCUUCCCCUGAAGGACCUAAUUCAGAGGCAGAGACCUAUGGUCAGGUUAGAGGGCUACAAGAAGCUGGAAGUAGCAUUUUGCAGCCAGAGACUGAAGCCACAGAGCCAUCACCUUCUAGUGUUUUAUCUAAUACUUGCACGGCUGCACAGGCAGAGCCUGAGACUGGACACAGUGACAAAUCUUCAGGUGCUGAGGAGACCUCCAGCACUGAGCUUAAACAAACCAAGAGGGUGGAUUCAGGAAAAGCUUUCAGAGACCCUUUGUCUGAAAGUGUUACAGAAACACUCCGUGGAGGAUCAGUAUCCAGAAGAACUGUUGCAGAGAACAGUAAUUUAAACAGGAGUCAUCUGCUGAGUGAAGAGCCAUGUAGAUUACCCUUAAAAAAGUGGGAGUCCAAUUACUCAGACAGCCCUAUGAAUGUUUGUAUUCAGGUGGAUGGACAGCAGCGAUGUUGCCCUCAUUCCUAUCGGGAAGAACCUUUGGGUAUUCACGCGACUUGUUGCCAUUCUGUGGAAGUGCCAAUGCUAGAGUCCUCUACUCCCCUCUCAGAAAUCAAUACCAGUGAUGAUGAAUCAUUACUAGUUUGCUAAUGACAUUUUGUUUUGGCCCCGUAGAUUUUGUAACUUUAAAAUGUACAUUGCAGAGCACACUGAUUAUAACUGACACAUCCAUGCUCUCAGCGUAGUCUGUUAGAACCAAUGUGCAUUUAUCCCAGAGGGAGUAGAAUACCUAUGACAAGACUAUGGGACAAAUUUUGUCUUUGUUGAUAUGCUUGAAACUCCAGUGGGGUAAAACUGGGCCAAUGUAUGUGUUCAGGGGCCAAGAGUGAGUGAGAAUCUAUUGUCACAAUUUGGGAGUUUUUCCAUCCUCCUUUGUUUCUUCUGUGCAUUUAUUCACUUUCACUUUGCAAUCAGGGAAUUUGAGUUUGUUUAGUUUAAAGUCACUUACUAUUGACAUUAAUGUGCUAGAGAGAAAUCAGUUGCAGUCUGUGUAGGCGUCAGUCACAGGGAAUUACAACUGUCAGUGUUCAGCUAGAAAUAUCAAAUUAUUGUCUUUUUAGAUUAUUGGUUUUAAUUAAAAAACGUUUACAGAGCCCUAAAAUACAUUUAGCAGAAAGUCAAAUCCCUAUGUCUCCUCUUUCUCUUUUCUGAAAAUUACCACUUUUUCUCCAUUCCCUUCAGAAGUGUAUUGUUGGCCAUAGAUAUCCAAAAGCAUCUAUUGCAACCAAAGUUUCUGUAUUCUGCAUACAGAGAAGAAUCAGGUUUUUUAUCUGCUAGAACUUUGUAAUAACAAAUUAGCCAUGUUAACAAUAACUGGAGUGCAUUAAGCCCCAUUUGCAGCAAUCCAUUUGUAUUAUCAGAUAUUUUAUCAUAUUCACAAUGGC